AUGACCGAGCACGAAGGCAACGUGAACUCUGUUGCAUUCUCUCCCAAUGGCCAGUUCAUUGUGUCGGGCUCAUCUGACAAGACGGUGCGCCUCUGGGAUGCAAAGACAGGAAUGGCCGUCGGUGUCCCUUUGGAAGGUCAUAGUGAUGAUGUCAGAUCCGUCGCAUUCUCUCCCGAUGGCCAGUUCAUUGUGUCGGGCUCAGAUGACCACACGGUGCGGAUCUGGGAUGCAAAGACAGGAAUGGCCGUCGGUGUCCCUUUGGAAGGUCAUAGUGAUGAUGUCAGAUCCGUCGCAUUCUCUCCCGAUGGCCAGUUCAUUGUGUCGGGCUCAGAUGACCACACGGUGCGGAUCUGGGAUGCAAAGACAGGGAUGGCCGUCGGUGUCUCUUUGGAAGGUCACAGUCAUUGGGUCACAUCCGUCGCAUUCUCUCCCGAUGGACGGUACAUCGCGUCGGGCUCACAUGACAGGACGGUGCGCCUCUGGGAUGCAAAGACAGGGACGGCCGUCGGUGCCCCUUUGGAAGGUCACGGUCGUUCGGUCACAUCCGUCGCAUUCUCUCCAGAUGGACGGUUCAUCGCGUCGGGCUCACAUGACGACACGGUGCGCGUCUGGGAUGCAAAGACAGGGACGGCCGUCGGUGUCCCUUUGGCGUCGGUAAUAUGA